AUGGCACAAACCACUACAUCCCAGUUCUCUCUCUCUCUCUCUCUCUCGACUGUGUUUACUGUGCUUUUCAGCUUCCAUACUUUGACAAACUGUUCACCCCUGUCAUCUGUCUUCCUCACCACUUUGCUUGCAGUCAGUUAUACCGGCUUUUUGACGCCUCCCCAUACCAUUUCUUCCUAUUCACCCAAGCCCCGACCUAGAUCCUACAUUUCUUGUCCACCUCCACCCGUCUCUCUCUCUCUCUCUCUUUUGUAUAAACUCUUUCUUUUCUCCACUUGUAACUCUUUUUCCCCUCUCAACUGCUCUCAAGUCUCAACUGUAGAUUCAUUUCUUUUCUUACAUAAUAAUCAACCCUCUUCUUUCUAUUCUUUAACUCUUUUGUCUUCUCAUAGGAUCGUUGUCUCUUCAUUUCUAAAUCUGUGUCCUAUCUCCAUGUUUCUAUUACCUUUCAUCCUGCAUCUCUCUUUUUCUUUCUUUCUUUCAUUUUUUUUUUUCCCUCCACUUUUUUUUUGUUUUUAA